AUGGCUUGUAGUAGCAGCAGCAGCAGCAGCUCUUCAUCUUCGAGUUUUACUUUACCUGACCUUCCUGUAGACAGUCCUAAUCAGCCAGAUAGAUUUGAUUUCCCACAGCGCCCUUUUGGUAAAACAAAAGUGGUGCACCGUUCUUUCCAAGCUUCUUGGUUCAAAAGAUUCAACUGGUUGCAUUACAACACUGCUGAUGAUCUAGCCUAUUGUUUUACUUGUGUUCAGGCUGUGAAAACAGGAAAGUUAAAACUUUCUGGUCAUGUUAAGGAAUCAGCAUUCAUUUAUGGAGGUUUUAGUAAUUGGAAGGAUGGGACUAGAGGUUUUACCAAUCAUGAAAAUUCAGGAACUCAUAAAUCAGCUGUUGAAGUAGUGAUUGCUAUACCACAGUCAACUGGUGAUGUGGGGGAAAUGUUAUUUUCAAGCCUUAUGGUAGAGAGGCAAAUGAAUCGAAAAUGUCUGCUAAAAAUUGCUGAAAACAUUAAAUUCUUAGCCAGGCAAGGCAUUGCAUUUCGUGGAGACGGGGAUGAAAAAGACAGUAACUUUAUGCAAUUGGUAUAUCUGAGGGCAAAUGAUGACUCCAAUUUCCUUCAUCAUCUUCAGCGAAAAAGUGACCGAUAUACAAGUCCGCAAAUCCAAAAUGAACUCCUUAAAUUGAUGGCUGUAAAUGUAUUGAGGGAUAUAGCGAAAUUUGUACAAAAAUAUAAAUAUUUCUCACUAAUGGCUGAUGAAGUCACAGACAUUUCAAACAAAGAACAGGUCUUGGUUUGUCUCAGAUCAGUUGACGAUGACCUUAUUCCUCAUGAAAACUUCAUUGGUAUCCACUCUGUUGAUUCCAUUAAGUCUGAUAUUCUUGUAGCUGUUCUUCAAGAUACUUUGCUUCGAAUGAAUUUGCCCAUCCAGUACUGUCGCGGUCAGUGCUAUGACGGUGCUGCAAAUAUGGCUGGCAUUAAAAAUGGUGUUGCAGCACAAAUUGCUGAGGAGGAAUCUCGUUCAAUUUUUAUCCAUUGCUAUGGCCAUGCCUUAAAUCUGGCAGCUGGGGAUUGCAUUAAAAAUAACAGAAUUCUUUGUGAUGCUCUUGAUGUGACAUUUGAAAUGUCUAAGCUCAUCAAGUGCUCACCAUGUCGAGGAGCUAUUUAUGAGAAGUUGAAGGGAGAAAUGGCCCCUGAUGUACCUGGCUUCAGAACACUCUGCCCAACUCGCUGGACAGUGAGAGCAUCUUCCUUAGAAAGUGUCAUUUGUAACUACACAGUUCUUCAAGCAUUAUGGGAAGAAGCAAGAGAUGUUGUUUCAGAUUGUGAUACUCGUGCUCGCUUGAUUGGAGUAGACAGUAUGAUGUCAUCAUUUGACUAUUUCUUUGGAAUAGUACUUGGUGAGAGGAUACUCAAGCAUACCGAUAACCUCAGCAAGACAUUGCAAAAUCCAUUAUUGUCAGCAUCGGAAGGACAGGAGCUUGUUGUUUUGACUUGUGACACUCUUGCUCUGUUAAGAACAAUAGCAUCAUUUGAUCUUUUUUGGGAUCAUUUGUUACUACUCCAGACAGAAAAGGGUGUUAGUGAUCCAUGCCUUCCACGAAAGAGAAGAAUGCCAGCUAGAUAUCAAGCAGGAUCAAGUAGUGCAGGAUACCAUCCAGAAUCUCCAAAAGAUUCUUACAGACAGCAAUACUUUGAAUGUCUUGAUAUGAUUGUGAAUUGCAUUCAAGACCGGUUCAAUCAACCAGGUUACAAAGUACUCAAAAACCUGGAAAAUGUGAUAAUCAAAACAGCAAGAGGACAAGACUGUAAAUCAGAGUUAGACUUCGUAGUUAACUUUUACAAAGAUGACAUAAAUUCAUCAUUGUUGAGGCAACAGCUUGAUCUGCUAACAACAAAGUUCUCAACAGCUGAAGAAUCACCAGGUUUGCAGUGUGUUGUUGACUAUUUGAAGAGUUUAUCAUUACCUCAAAGAGAUCUUAUAUCUGAAGUAGUCAUUCUAGUCAAGUUGAUAUUAGUAAUUCCUGCAACUAAUGCUGUCAGUGAACCUAGUGCAUCGGCUGUUCGUAGGCUAAAGACAUAUUUGAGAUCUACUAUGACGCAAACUCGUCUAAAUAACCUUCUUGUCCUGCAUGUACAUAAGCAACGAACAGAUGACUUAAACCUGACAGCAUGUUUAAGUGACUUUGUAUCUGAAAAUGAACACAGGCAUGCAUUAUUUGGCACGUUUUGAAC